GUGAGUAUCUCAGAGAAUCAAAUCCUCAUGGAUUUCCUCUUCAACUACUCCGGCUACCAAGGGGAGGAGGGCAGGAAAGGGGGAGGGAGAAGCAGUGUUGCCAGGAGCGGCGCGGAGUUACACUGUUUCAAAAUGUUACUCUUUCCCCUCUCAGUUGUUGCGACGCGUUGUUGCUGGUAACCGUUCACACGCUGGCGGCGGACCGGGAGCCCGGAUCGUUCCCUCGGACCGGCGAGGAGGCGGCGGCUGCAGCCUGUUGUUACUUUUCUCUCUGGGUGUUGUGGUUUGACUGCCGUCACCAUGCAUUGAGGAUCGCUGCUGUUGCCGCUGCAGCACAUUUAACAGGUUAUGAAGACAGUAUGGAGUUUCCAGACCACAGCAGACAUUUGCUCCAGUGUCUGAGUGAGCAGAGGCACCAAGGUUUUCUUUGUGACUGCACUGUCUUGGUUGGAGAUGCCCAGUUUCGAGCCCAUCGUGCUGUGCUUGCUUCGUGCAGCAUGUACUUCCAUCUCUUUUACAAGGACCAGCUGGACAAAAGGGACAUUGUUCAUCUGAACAGCGACAUUGUUACAGCGCCAGCUUUCGCUCUUCUCCUUGAAUUCAUGUAUGAAGGGAAACUCCAGUUCAAAGACUUGCCUAUUGAGGACGUACUUGCAGCUGCGAGCUACCUACACAUGUAUGACAUAGUGAAAGUCUGCAAAAAGAAGCUGAAGGAAAAAUCGACCACAGAAGCGGACAGCACCAAGAAAGAAGAAGAUGCCUCGAGCUGCUCCGAUAAAGGGGAAAUCUCCUCGGUGAGCAGCGCACAUGUCGUGGGGGAACUGGCAAGCGAGGAUGAAACUGAGGAGGAGAAACUGAGCGCGGCGGUGUCAAGCAAAAGGGACUUAGUUAUUGAAUCUGGGAGCAUGUGGAUGAGAUUACCCUCUGACUCAGCAGGCAUCACUCAGCCUGGUGUGGAGGUUGAGACACAUGCGAUAACAGCUGGAAAAACAGUGUCCAGUCCCUGCAGCUCAACAGGGCCUUUGUCCCAGAGGUCUGCCAGCUCCAUUAAAGAUUCAGCAGAUGUUGACUGUGUGCUGGAUUUGUCUGUCAAGUCCGGGCUGUCAGCAGGAGAAAACGCGAGCCACCCUUAUGUCUCGCCACAUGAAGACGGUUCCAGAAAUAACCUGAUCCAGGUUAAAGUCGAGAAAGAAGUGUUUUCUGACGAGGAAGGCAGCAGCACUAAUGACUUUGAUAUGGAUCAAAGUAGCACAGCGAAAGACAGUGCAAGUACAAUGAACAGGGUUCAUUACGACUCACUCCAUGUAUCUGCCAGAAGAGAGGCUUCUGUUUCGAGCGAGAUGGACCGGGAGGAUCGAGCCAGUGACGACGAGAUGAUGACCGCUGAGAACGAUGGAGCCCAGAUGGAGGGAAACAUGGACAGCAGCUUGCUCCCUUACUGCUCUAAUAUACUUGGCUCCGCGGGCCAAAUCUUCAUGUGUCCUCUGUGCAACAAAGUCUUUCCCAGCCCGCACAUCCUGCAGAUCCACCUGAGCACGCACUUUCGAGAGCAGGACGGCCUCCGUAGCAAGCCCGCCGCCGAUGUCAACGUCCCCACCUGCUCGCUGUGUGGGAAGACUUUUUCAUGUAUGUACACCUUAAAACGGCAUGAGCGAACUCAUUCAGGGGAAAAGCCAUACACCUGCAGUCAGUGUGGGAAGAGCUUCCAGUAUUCGCAUAAUUUGAGCCGGCACGCAGUGGUCCACACCCGGGAAAAGCCACACGCGUGUAAGUGGUGUGAGCGCAGGUUCACGCAGUCGGGUGACCUGUAUAGACACAUCCGAAAAUUUCACUGUGAGCUGAUAAACACACUCUCUGUUAAAACAGAGUCUCUUAACUUGCCUGCAAUGCGAGACUGGACCAUAGAAGACAGCUCGCAAGAACUCUGGAAAUAAAACCUAGCUGUGGAGCAUUCUAAAAAUCAAGUUUCUGGUAAUUUCUUCUACAGCUUUUUGGGCACUGAGUUCUCUCCACAAAAUAAUAACUAUAAGUACUUGUUUAUCACAACACAGUCUACAAAAAUGAGAUUCUGUGAUUCAUAAUGCAACAUAAGGUAAAUAAUAAUUAACUAUUAAACUCGACACUUAUUUAAUAAAUGUUCUUAUUUUCUUUUUAAAUGCACCCUGCAGUUGUGGAGUGCACUGCAAAGGAUGCUGCUGUAUAGUUCACGAGGUUUUGUUGUUGAAAUUUUAACAAUGAACCACUAAUUCCUUAAGGUCUUCAUUGAAACUUGUUAAUAUUUUAAUGUUGCACAAUUUCUGGAUAUUUAAAACUUUUUUUGUACAAUGCUGUAAACAAAAUAAUUAUGAAUUUCAUUUCCGUAUGCCUGGGAAAGUGCAUUUGCAAAUGAAUGGUUCUUGACCCUGUUUAUUCUUAACCAGAAACUUGAUGUAAUUUAGAUUCUAAAUGUAUGGGAUUUUCAGGCAAAUUAAAAUUAUGUUUGAAAUGUGAAUUAUAUUACUGUACGUCUUACUGCAUUGAAUGGAUUUAACGAACCUGAUGGAUUGUUUUCAUGCUCUUAGUCAGGUAUUAUGAAAGUAAAUAUUGAGGCUAUAGAAAAUGCAUGAGUUUUAUCGGAUGUUUUAGGGUUCUCUUUUCGCAAUUCUAUGAACUUGGCAAAGUGUGUAACUUAAGUUUUUAUUUAAUUAGUGAGACAUUUUCUUUUCCUGAGAUGCAUUUUUGCCAAGUGCGGUAGCACCGUGAAAAAUGCCACUGGUGUUGCACAGCAAUUUUUUUUUAAAGUGCACUGCUAUGCAGUUUCAAUGUGUGAAACAUCUUUCCCAGUCGUCUGUGUUCUCAAUAUUACAGAUAGUGAUACAGCACAAAUUCCAGUGGAAGUUCCCUGCUUUUAUGUGAUCAGAAUUGGUGGUUAAUAGAAAUCAAUUGAUUACAUUGGCCAUGAAGUUUUGGGGGUGGGUGGGGGUGGGCAAGAAGGAUCCAUGAACCCAAUUUUGAAGAAGGGGGUUCAUUAUAUAAUGUGUAACCAAGCAGCUGAAGUGGCUGCUUGGUAUGUGUGUGGUUUUAAUGAACAACACAUAUGGCAAGUGUUUUGCACAGUGUUUGUUUUCCUGUCUUGCACUCGCAAUAAGGUCUCUGGGAGUAGCACGGAAACGUGGCUGUUUUCCCCCUUUUUUUUCGUGGGUUUUAUUAUUUUUACUGAUUGCCUUAACUACUGUAAACAUAGCUUAUUUUUGUGCACAAAGGCAAUAUGAUUAUUAAUGGAAAACUAGAUUGUGUAUUGCUGGAUUUUUUUUAAAGCGGGUCAAAUGAGUUUUCUUUUGGCUCUUGACAUUGUUUUAAAGCUGUGAAAUGGCCUCUAAGAUUCUGUAAUUAUGCUAGUUACUUGAAGAGUUUAAAUGUCUGACAAAAGUAAGUUGAACUGUAGAUUUUAAAAAAAAAUUGUUUAGGUAA